AUGGUUCGGCGUAAGAGUAACACCGCCUACAACUUCAGAAGUGGGAUUAACUCGAUUCAACCGGAUGAAAACCGCGGAGCCGUGCACAUGCACGACCACGAUGUCGCUGUCAAUGGCGACGGUGCUCACGAAGCUGCCCUAACACCUGCAAUUGUUACACCACCCGCGAGUGGCGAAGGUUCCAAUCAGAAUGCAACUCCUGACUUGAACGCAAUGUUUCAAUUACUGAUGGAACAAAAUCGUAUGCUUAUGCAACAACUCUCUGUUUCGAAUUCAAAGACGAAUAAUGAACAAAGUAAUUCGUUUUAUGUCAUGCCGGAUUUGAACAAAAGUGUUAAGUCGUUUACGGGUCGCGAAUCCGGCUCGGAAGCAAAGGAUUGGCUCAAAACUUUUAUUGGAAUGGCCGAAAUUAACAAAUGGUCCGAUGCAUUAAAAAUUGAGUCAAUUCGUGCAAAUUUGAAUGGUCCAGCUCAGCAAUGGUUUAAAAGUCGUCGGUUCAGCUCUUGGGAAAAUUUUGAGCAACAAUUUACGCGAACAUUCAUUGGUAUUCCAAAUCGUACAGAGCUAUGGCACGCAUUGGUCGCUAGGACGCAAUCGAAGAAUGAAGCAACUAUAGAUUACUUUUAUGAUAAAGUACGUUUGUGCAGUGAAUUAUGUUUGUCAUUUGAAGAGACAAAAACACAAUUAUUGGAAGGGUUUUAUUCACAAAGUAUGGUUACAUAUUUAUUAUCAAAACAUCAUACAGAAACUGAUGGUAUGUUUGACGAUAUUUUAACUUAUGAAAGAUUAUAUAAAAUGCGUACAACCCUUUAUGGCUCAAAUAAACAAACCUCCUCAAGCAAUUCAAAUUUAUUCAUUAAAGCUAGUGCUCAAAAAAAUGAAAAAAAUAACUCAAGUCUAGAACCGAAGCAAACCUUAAUCAAACGUUGUUUUAAUUGCUAUAGUACUGCACAUACUAUUAUUAAUUGUCCAGAACCUAAACGGAAGCCGGGGUCAUGCUUCAAGUGUGGAUCUACAGAACAUCAACAACGAGAUUGUAAGAUGAAAAUUAACAAAACAAGUCGAGGCACCAGCGAGGACUCAACAAUGAUAAUUGAAAUCGAUGAGGCAAGUAAUCCACCGUUUAUGCUUGGUAUUGAUGUCAUGUGUGAGACAACUCGUUGGACCACAGAUGCGCUGAUUGAUACAGGUAGUCCAAUUUCUAUUAUUAAGGAAAAUGCUGUUCCUAAAGAUGUAAUUGUUAUCCCUGCUAGUUCUAAACUUUCUGGUAUUAAUAAAAGUCCAUUAAAAGUAUUAGGUGUUAUUAAUACAAAAGUAUCUGUAAACAAUUUACCAGUAGAUUUAAAUAUCAUAUUUUAUGUUGUUGAUAAUAAUACUAUGAAUUAUAAUUGUUUGUUAGGAAGAAAUUUUGUUAAUAACAAUUUAAUCAAAUUAACAUUUGAUAAAAACUUGUUCAUUGAAAAAAAUGAUUCUUAUAAUGAAUUUAUUGUUGAUGAUAUCAUGUUAAUUGAUACUGGUGUGUCAAAUUCAUUACAAUUAGAUAUUAAUAGUGACUUAUGUGCUGAUAUGCAAGAACAGGUUAAAGUAAUAUUUGAUAAACAUUAUACUAAUGCAGUAAGGCCUAUAGAGAAAAAAUUUCAAUAUGCAAUUCGCGAAAAGUUAGAAAAUUCAGAUAUUCCAUACUAUGAAUUGCGGGAUGGCUUGGUUUAUCGUACAGAUGAAAAAAAAUUAUUAUUUUAUGUACCUAAUGAGUUAAUAGAUAAUGUAAUUAGAACUUGCCAUGAUAAUGUAGGACAUGUGGGUAUCGAUAAAACAUUAUCAUUAAUUAAUAAUUCUUAUUGGUUUCCAAAAAUGAGGGACAAAAUUAAAUAUUAUAUUUCAAAAUGUCUAAAAUGA